AUGUUUUCAUCAGAGCAAAAGAAAAAGGAAGAGCUAGAGGCCACCAACGCCUCAAUAGGUAGAGAGCUGCAUACAAGUAUAGGUCGUCUUCAAAGUCUGGAAGGUUUCCUUGUUGAGCACUCAGAGAUUGAUGAAAAAUCAGUCACGACGAGCUUCUCGAAUCUUUGGGCUUUCGCUGCAAGCGAAGUAUUUCCAUUCUUAGAGCAAGAGGUUGCUGCAAAAAUCUUGAAUGAGAAACUUAGAACAACAAACUUCAGAAAUCUGCCACACUAUGUACCUCUGGUCCCUUCAAACACCCCCGGAGCCAAAGGGAUGCGCUUUGCUAUGACCCUAGCUGUUCUGUCAAGGGAGAUUGACCGACACAUAUUUCGACCGAUGUACAUUCUUCCAGGAGAUGCCCAGAUUCGCGAUAUCCUCAGUCAUCUUGCAGAGAGGAACAGCGAGAAAGAAGCUUUCUGCCGGCGUGUGCUUCUCUCCAUUGAUCCUGAUGCCGAAAAUGAGAUUACCCAGUCUGAAAUUCGAGCCGUCGUCCGGAGUAUGUCGUCAUAUGUGUGGGGGCUGCUCUCCGAAACACAGCAUGAUUCGUUUUGCACAAGCAUCGAAAGGAUAGUGCAGAAUGCGGUUGAAGUUUGUAUUCCAAUCCAACAUGCGCAACAGAAAUAUGAGACUGAUUUCGAGCUAUCUGAUCUCGAGGACGAUGAAUGGAGGCACUUUAACUUUCCUAAUGAUUAUACAGCUCAGAACGAGUAG